CUCGUGUUUGGUGAAAAUGUGCUUACCAGACGAGCAAAUAUGCUUAUUGGACAAGCAAACAUGCUUAUUGGACAAGCAAGUUAACAAAGGUUUUUGUGAUAAUUGUUCGUGCAAAUUUUUACUCAUUAAUUAACCAUUAGGUGUGUUAUUUGCAGCUGGAAUGAGUUGGCAUGUAUUGCGUAGAUGUAUGUCUUUGAGUGCUGUUGUGCGAGCAACGGAACAUACUGUUAGGUCACCUAUUCAGGUACAUGGGGUAGAAGGACGAUAUGCAGUAGCACUAUAUUCAGCAGCAGUGAAGGACAAAAACCUUGAUGCUAUCGAUAAGGAUCUCAAAUCGUUACAAAGUGUUUACCAAACUAGUGUUAAAUUUAAGAACUUUGUAUUGGAUCCUACAUUAACACCGUUAUCUAAAGUGAACACUGUGAAGGAUUUUGCCGGAAAGCUAAAUGUAAGCAAGGAAACGCUCAAUUUUUUAGCGUUAUUAGCGGAAAAUGGACGGCUAAAUCUCCUUGAGGAGAUUAUAAAACUGUUCGAUUCGAUCAUGCGAGCGCAUCGCGGUGAGUUGGUUGUCGAAGUAAUUACUGCUGAGCAGCUCAGCAAGAAACAUGAAGCGGCAUUAAAGGAAGCAUUGAACAAAUUUGCAAAGCCUGGACAGAAUUUGCAAAUUCAGAUGACCGUGAAACCGAGUAUCCUUGGUGGCAUGAUGGUGAGUAUUGGUGACAAGUUCAUCGAUAUGAGUAUAAGCUCACAGUUCAAGAAAUUCGAGGAUAUUUUGCGGAAUGCUGCUUAAAUUCGAGCAUUUAGAAAUAUUUAGUCACCUUUUUAUACUUAGUCAUUUUUCUUGUGAUCCAGGUUUACAUCUUUUAAAUAAAAUAUAUUAGCGUUGUUCACC